UUUCAGUCAGUUCCUGGUUUGUCCUGCUCGGUUGUUGUUGGCAGCAGUCAGUCCGGCUGAUCCUCACUUCAAAUUGCUCAUCUUAAACGGGAGAGCUGCGCGUGCAACAUGUCAGAAAUAGGUGAAAUCGACGAAGGAUUAUACUCCAGACAGCUGUAUGUCCUGGGUCACGAGGCGAUGCUCCGGAUGGGCAAAACCAGCGUCCUCAUAGCAGGCAUGCGUGGUCUGGGGGUGGAAAUAGCCAAAAAUGUGAUCUUGUCCGGAGUGAAAUCUGUCACCGUCCAGGAUGAAGGCCAGACGGUGUGGAGCGACCUCUCCUCUCAGUUUUUCCUGAAGGAGUCCCAUCUUGGUCAGAACCGAGCUACAUGUUCCCUACAACAGCUGGCUGCCUUAAACCCACAUGUGCGUGUGUCGGCCCACACUGGACCUCUGGAUGAGGACCUGCUCCUGCAAUUUCAGGUGGUGGUCCUCACUGACUCCUCGCUGGAUGAUCAGAAGCGUUUUAAUGAGUUUUGCCAUUCACGUAGAAUCAAGUUCAUUGUUGCAGACACCAAAGGACUCUGUGGUCAGUUGUUUUGUGACUUCGGGAAAGAGUUUGAGGUCUUGGACCAGGAUGGGGAGAUGCCGAAAUCAGCGAUGAUACAAAGUGUCUCUCGGGCAAAUCCUGGAGUGGUGGUCUGUACCGAUGAUCGCACACACGGGUUUGCAGAUGGUUCCAUAGUUUCCUUCUCUGACGUCCAGGGCAUGACGGAGCUCAACAGCAUCGGCCCUGUGGAGAUCAAAGUCCGUGGCCCAUACUCCUUCAGCAUUGGUGACACUUCAGCCUUUUCUAAGUAUGAACGGGGUGGAGUAGUCACAGAGGUGAAACAACCCUGCAUGCUGAAUUUUAAACCACUGAGUGAGGCUCUAUUGGAUCAUCAGCUGCUGAAAUUUAAUGAUUAUGGAAAAAUAAUGCGGCACAACACCCUGCACUUGGCUUUCCAAGCCCUCCACAGCUUUGUGAAGAAAGAGCAGCGACUCCCCAGUCCUCGGUCUCAGUCAGAUGCAGAUGCCCUGUUUGCCAUAGUGGAAGAGUUGAAUACAGUCGCACAGCUGGAACUGCUGGAUGAAGCUGCUGUGAGAAAGCUGUCCUGCACAGCUCAGGGAGACUUGGCUCCUAUGAAUGCUUUCAUUGGAGGCGUUGCAGCUCAAGAAGUUAUUAAGGCAUGCAGUGGGAAAUUCACGCCUCUUCAGCAGUGGCUAUAUUUUGAUGCGCUGGAGUGCCUCCCUGAAGAGGAAGACCAACUGGCAGAGUGCUCCUUUUCAGCAAAGGACACCAGAUAUGAUGCACAGAUUGCCGUGUUUGGCUCAGAGUUCCAGGAGAAGCUCGCGAGGCAGAAGUAUUUCCUGGUUGGAGCCGGUGCUAUAGGCUGUGAGCUUCUUAAAAACUUUGCCCUCAUUGGGCUCGGUGCUGGAGAAGAAGGGCACAUCACUGUAACAGACAUGGACUUCAUAGAAAGAUCCAACUUGAACCGCCAGUUCCUGUUCAGGUCUCAGGAUAUUGGGAAACCAAAAUCAGAUGUUGCUGCCAAAGCCGUGCGGCAGAUGAACCCACAAAUAAAUAUCACCGCCCACCAGAACCGUGUGGACCCUGACAGUGAAGAAGUGUAUGAUUACAACUUCUUCAUGGGUCUGGAUGGAGUGGCAGCAGCUCUUGAUAAUGUGGAUGCCAGGGUCUAUCUGGAUGAACGCUGCGUUCAACACAAGAGAGCGUUGCUGGAGGGAGGAACUUUAGGAAGUCAGGGUCAUACUCUGGCGGUGGUGCCUCACCUGACAGAGUCUUAUGGGCGGCCCACGUCAAGUUCUGAUAACACCAUCCCACUGUGCACUCUGAAGAACUUUCCUCACCGCAUUGAGCACACCCUGCAGUGGGCCAGAGACCAGUUCGAAGGACUUUUCAAACAAACACCUGAAAAUGUGAAUCUCUUCCUGGGAGAUGCAGGCUUUGUAGAGCGGACUCUCGGCCUUGGAGAGGCUGAGGCCCUGGAGGUUCUUGGGGGCGUGCGGAGCAGCCUUCAGGGCAUGAGAGCUGGAGGACACCGUCCAACGACCUGGGAAGACUGCGUGAGCUGGGCACGCUGCAAGUGGGAGACUCUUUAUAACAAUGAUAUCCGCCAGCUUCUGCACUGUUUCCCUCCUGAAGAGAAAACUGAUGUUGGUCUGCCCUUCUGGUCUGGAUCCAAGAGAUGCCCUCACCCACUGACCUUUGACCCCAACAGCACUACUCAUAUGGACUAUGUGGUGGCAGCAGCUAAUCUGUACGGGCAGAUCUAUGGCAUUAACGGAACAAGAGACGUCGCUGUUAUCAGAGAAAUCUUAGAGGGAGUCCAUGCUCCAUCUUUCACUCCCACGUCCUCCGUGAAGAUUCACGUCAAUGAUGAGGAGAUGAAAGAGGAUAAAAAAAAGGACAGUGAUGAUACCGAAAAAGCUCGACUUGAGGAGCUGAAAGAAGAGCUGGCUUCACUGUCUCUGAAAAGCUCAGCCAUGCAGAUGUACCCCACCGACUUUGAGAAGGACGAUGACAGCAACUUCCACAUGGACUACAUUGUUGCUGCUUCCAACCUGAGGGCGGAGAACUAUGACAUCCCUGCAGCCAACUGGCACCAGAGUAAGCUCAUUGCUGGAAAGAUCAUCCCGGCCAUAGCUACCACCACAGCCGCAGUGGCGGGCCUGAUGUGCCUGGAGCUGUAUAAACUGGUGCAGGGUCACCAGAAGAUCAGCUCUUACCGCACGACUUACAUGUACCUGGCUGCCCCGCACUUUGUGUUGUCCCUGCCAAACCAGCCCCAGCGCUUCGAGGUCGCUGGAAAGAAAUACACCCUGUGGGAUGACUUCCUUGUUGAGGGCAGACGUGGUGGUCAGCAGGAAAUGACCUUGGGAGAUCUGUUCCAGUAUAUCAAGGACAACUAUAACUUGAGUAUCUGCGGCCUCUACUAUGGAAUAGCUACCUUAUACAUGGGGCAAGAACAGAGGCUCGAGAAAAGUGUGUCUGAGGUGGUGAGGAUGGUCACCAAGAAAGAUAUCCCUCAAAACAAGAAGAUGCUGGAGCUGAUCGCCUCAUUUACUGAAGAUGAGGACUGUGAGAUUGUCCCUUCUAUUAGGUACCUGCUUUAGUGAUGAGCAGAUACCCAAGUACGGAAAUUUCCAGAGAAAGUGUCAUCUCGUGAAACCGCUUCAGUGUGACAGAGUAAACUUAACACUCCUUUGAUAGCAUAUCAGUGAAAAAAAACAUCCUUAUUGUGUUGCUUUAGCUGGUGUUGACCAAGAUUAUUAUCUGAAUGAUAUUUUUCCAGCUUCUGUCCUUCUGUUUUUUCCCAUUUCAUUACACAAAUAUUUUGAAAGAUUCCACUGAGGUACUGGGAUCAUUUCUCUAUUAUUGUAAUAUUUUUAAAUUGCUGUCUUGUCCCUUAGCGUUGCCCUCAAUAAUACAACAAAAUGCAAAAAGAAAACAAAACUUGCCAAACUGAACCUUUUGUUAUCACCAGAAGUGUAAGCCCAAAGCUCUGUUUGCCAACUGUUGGUUUUCAUUUACAUGUUAAAUGUGUCUUUGGAGAGGUCAGGCUAAAGGUUUGAGAAAGUGCUUGCCAGGGCAUAUGGAUUAGAUGAUCUGGCGCUGCUGGGGCUGCACUGGCCUGGUUUCAGCGUUUAAUUCAGGUCAGACUGAGCACUUCAGUAUCUUGAAGGGGUGCAGUCAGAGGAGGCAGUUGGCACAGUGGGUGCUGUGCGCUAAAGAUUCGGGGUGCUCUUGCCAUCUGGACACAGCUGUCUUGUGUAAAUCCCGCUCUGAGCAUGUGUGCACCACCCCAUCUAUGAAGCCUUCAUCUGUCCUCAGAUGGCGUUUAUUCACACUCGGCCCUUUUCCAGAUCCUCAGGUCGUGUUUUACAUCACACCCUCACGUUACAAUAGUGCCACUUUUAAAAUAUUCUGCUAUUCAAUUAUCAUGAAGAAUCCUAUUGGAAAUUAUCACUGCAACUACUUAAAGGGGUUCUUUACUCACUGGGUAAUUGGGCUUGCUACUGAAGGAUGCUGGUUAUGAUUUAAUUAUGUGUGGACCAAAAUAAUUCAAUAAAUAUGUGUCUAUGAGGAACCA